GUGCUCACAAUUCGAUACUCCAUUGUCAAAGAAAGGUCCAUCAUGAUCAGGGGUAAGAAACGUGUAUAGGGGGAAGGAGAAACAUGCAGAACUGCCAUCUCUACGCAUCCUACAUGAACAAGACAGAUCGAAAAUAUUUGGAAUCGAUCAUAAUACACCUAUCGAGAUCACAGAUUGUUUGGGCUCUUUGGGAUGUGUUUAGCUUGGAAGCUAGGAACCUCCUACCCUACCCUAUAAAAUGAAUUCUUCAGAGGAGCGGUUUGCACAGCCCAAUAGGGGAGAUAAUUAGAAUCUAAGAAGCUACAUUUUUAACUACACUUCGUGGCUUUCCAUGAGGUUUUACUCUCGAGUGUUCAGAUUUUACUCCACAGAUGGCGCUACAGAUUUAUUUCAUAUUUUCUUGUUAACUCGCGCUGAAUUAGUUUGGUCUCAAGUAAUUAAAUAGCUGCGUUGUAACCGUACGUCCCUCGCUAAAAUUAUUUAAUUGUGUUGAGAGGUGGACUUUAGUUGCAAGAAAACGAUGAGGAGAGAAUUAGGAGACGGUCGGGGUUAGCGAGUGCGUACGGUCGGUAAACUGGAAGAAACUGAUGUGACCAGUGCCAAAAAUGUUAAUAGAGACGGAGUGGCAAGCUUGAAGGACUUAUGUAAAGAGUGACAGUAAGUGUAACACGGUGCGUGUUCUGGAGACCGUGUAAAUCAUAACCCCUAAAUGUGUUCCCCUUUCUGUAUCCGAAGCCCCUGUAUCCCUGGGACAAAGGUUUCAUUUCGAGCAACAGUCGUGGCGGCUGUACGUCGGAGGUCGGCUGCAGUGAGAACUGGCGCUUCCAACCUGGGCACGUAACAGCGGAGGAGACCGGGAGUCUGUAAGCGGGACAUCACGGAAGCAUCAAGGGAGAAGAGGAACUUCGUGGACUGAAAAAGUGAACAAAUAUAUCGUGCACGGUUAGUUGGACUAAGUUAUAUUAACAAUAAGUGUGAACGAGUUGCGGACAGUAGAACAUGGAAACCCGUGGUAAACUUAAAAAUCAGAAGACAAUCAUAGAUAACGAAGAAGAAAUCGAAGUGACGGAAGGUAUCAGUGACAGAGAAUGGGGGAGAAAUAGAGGAAGGAGUAAACGUGAAGAGUGGGCAAAUAGUGGAGACAGAACCCGAGUUACAGACUCGAAGCCAACAGAAGAAAAGUGUAGAAAAGGGGGAGAAUGAUAGUACAAUAGACAUACAGGCCAUGUUGUUAAUCUUUAUGGAAAAAUUGGAGGACAGAAAAAUGAAAAUGGAAAAUGACUUAUGAAAAAACGGGAGUAAAAUGGAAAAUAGUAUUAAAGAAGACGUGCGUGAAAUGCUGGCCGCAUUCGCGAGGGACUCUGAAUGUAAAAUGAACCAACGGAUAGAGUCCGUGAACAACGAAGUUAAAGCCGUAUCUGAGCGCACACACGACCAGAUCCAAGCGCUGACCGAAGUGGUGCGACAUAAUAAAUCUGAGAGCAACAGCAACAUGGAGUCUCUGCGCAGUGACGUGACAGCAGUUCAAGCACAGAUAGAACUACAGCCGCAUGAUAUGUGUGAGAGGAUGUCCACGUUCGAGACCAGAGUGACAGAUUUGAGGGUCAUGACGGAACAGCAUCAGAUUAAAGACUGUGAUGGUAACGGAAGGAUAGACUGCGAAGAUUAUGCCAAGAUCCACUAUAUGGGUGGUCAGCAAUGCACAAUACACAUGGAGCAUCUUGGAUAUUAUAAAGUCUUCAAAGAGUGUCAUAAGAGUAUUCAACACCUUACUGGAUGACUAGCCAUGACUGAUUUAAAUUAAAGCCAAAAUCUCUCACUUAAGACAUAAGUUUAUUUAACAACCUUAACAUCAAAAGCAGUGAUGAAGAGCAUGCUCAGAGUGCCCACAUUUUACAGACCACCAAGCAUUUGUGAAUGACCAAAAACUUUUAAUCUUCAGAAGCACAUCUAAAAUCAACAAUUAAGAAAACAAUAAAGGAAGUGGUACACACUAUUUGUAAUAACUCUCAUACUGCAGAUGCAGAGAAAUAUGUAAGUCAGGACUUCUAUGUCUGUCUACAUGUUUCAAAAUAUGCAAAAUUAAUAAGACCCAUAUUGAAGUGUUUUACUAAAAUUUUUUGACUGCUUCAAAUUUUGAUUAUCACUUAAGUUCUAGAUGAAUUUCAAAAACACACCUUAUGAAUAUACUGCUAAAUGCUCAUAUGAGCAAAAAUAUUUGCAAUAGAAGUUUCUGGAAAUGAUUUAAAUACAAUUUUAUAUCAAAUAUAUUUGUUCCUAUAAAAGAAGGUUUUUAUAAAUAUUACAGGCCAUGAAUGCUUUCAUGUCUUCCUUCAAAGGAAUGAGAAGUGCAAGUAUACAGAAAACAUAAGUGAAAAAUGUGUAUAUGUAUUCCACUGGAAUUCAGUCUUCCCAGUCUUGUGUUAUGUUGUUUGUGUGAAUGUGUGUUAGUCAUAAAUCUUUUUUCAUAUGAAGAAUACUCUAAGUUACAUGUCAUCUGUGUGUAUACAGAGAACACAAUGCCAAAACAAAUCAAUGGUAACUAGUACCAACAGACAUUUACGGUCAGCUUCUGCAACAUUGUUCUAUACAUUAAUCACUUUAAUGAAACCAUCCCAUCAAUCUAAUAUUCAUGUACUUCACUAAUGAGAAUAAGUGUUCUAAUAUCAUAAAAAUAAUAAGAAUUGUUCUGAAAAAUUUCCUGAGCGUAUUACACCUCAGAUUCACAAAUCUGCACUUAAAUAUUCUUGUAUAUUCUGAAGUAAUUAAAUUGUUAUCAUUAUAUGAAAUACUUUAUGUGAGCGACAUGUUGUGAUACCUUUGAAUAAUACACAUAUAUACAAUCUGUAAACAAAACCUGUAUGAACAAUAUCAGUUUUGCCAAAAAUAAGUAUGUUGUAACCUUAUGGCAGGGCUGUGCCAUAGCUCAAGCGGUUAGUCGCUGGCUUCCCACUGCCGCAGGCCAGGUUCGAUCCCAGGUCUG